CAAAAAUAAAUAUCCGUUACGGUAUAUCUGAAUGGCUGUGAAAUAUAAUUUGUUGCAGCUGUUGUUUCAUUUGAUAUAGCUAAAAAUAGUACUUUGAUCAAUUUUGACUACAUUUAGGCUAUUAGAUAUUUUAUUUUUAUCAUAUUGUUGAAGAAAAUUUAGAGUGUGUUGAAAAGUUGAAUUUAAGUACUGGUCAGGAAGCUUUUUGAAUCGUUUAUAUUUACGAGUGAGUUUUAUAAUGAAUAUAGUGUUAUAACUGACACUGAAAUAUUAUUUAAAACUUUCUCUGUUAAUAAAUCUUGAACACAGUAACAAAAAUGUUGUCAUCAAAGGCAAGUACAAUUACUUCAGACGAAAGUUUUAUCACUCCUGUUUCAUCCAUGGGAGAUUUAAUGGCUUUAUCACCUAAGAAGUCGGACGAUUUUUUAGAUAUCUCGCAUAUGACAAAUGAUAUACUAACUGGUACAGAUUUUGACAGUAUAUGUGAUGAAACAAUGCGAGAAAUACCUGCGUAUGAUAAUAAUAUGUUCAUCGAUGCAACCAGCUUGGAUUAUUUAGACAAGUGUGCUGAAUCAAAUCGUAACCCAAACUUUUUGGACAGAGGAAAAGAGAGUCUCUAUGUAAAAUUUGACCCUUUGUAUGCUCAGAAACAGCAGUUUCUUGAACCUUACCAAGCUGAGAUUCAAGCUGAUUCAUUAGAAUAUGAUGUUGGCUAUGAGACGAGCAGCUCAACUUCAAUUUUAACAGACAAUAUGACGGGUAAAGCUGAUAACACAUUUAAUGCAGGAGCAGUUCAAAACAAGUGUGGAAAAGAUAAACCAAUGCAAGUUGUCUCACCUGUGGUAAGCUGCGAAAUACCUAAAAACACUGCAGCACAAACAAAACCAACCCCGGUGCUUGUACGUAGUGUCUCUGCAAUUUUAACACCCACUCAGGUUGCAACUGAUAGACUAAUAAGUAUAUCAGGUAAUACACCACCAGUAGCAGCUCCUAGGAGUCCCAGACUAAAGCAUUAUGGGGCACAAGAAAAUGAUCGGCUUCAAUCUCUAAGAGCCAUUCUUCAAAAUCAAGAUCAUGAGGUUUUACAGCUAAGACAGGAAAAUAGAGAACUUAGAUCAUCAUUACAAGACUUGGAACAUAACUUUGCUCGAUACAAAGAAGACAUGGAACUUAAAUUGAAGAAAUUAACUGAAGACAAAAUCAACUUACUGGACAAAGAAAUAAAAUUGACUCAACAAAUAAAUGAUAAAGAAUUGAAUAACAAGAAAAUGUGUAUUGUCAUGGAGGAAUAUGAAAAAACUAUUUCGACCUUAAUCGGAGAACAACAGCAAGAGAAGGUACAAUAUCUUGAGUCAUUGGAUAAAUUGGUUAAAGAGAGGGACCAAGCUGUAAAACAUCUGAAUAAUAUGGAAUCUUCCUUUAAUGAUCUUCUCACUAAAUAUGAGAAAUGUAAAAGUGUUGUAUUAGAAGCUAAAGAUAGAGAAAAUAUCUUUAACAAAAAAAUUGCUGAUUAUGAAAUUGGAUUACAGAAGUAUGAGGCCUUGUACAACAACCUAAAACAAACUACAUCUGAUAGUUUGGAGAAAGCAAAUGAAACAUUAGAAAAUUUAAAAAAGAAUCAUAGUGUUGAAAUUACGAAAAUGAAUGCAACAAUGAAAAAACAUGAAAUUAUGAUAUCAUCUUUACAAGAGUCACUGGCGCAAAAAACAAGAGAUAAUGAAGAACUUACCAGAAUAUGUGAUCAACUAAUAAAUGAAGUUCGUUGAAAAUUUAUUUUCUUGGUACUGAAAUAUUUUUCCCCAAUAAAAUUUUUACCUUUUUAAUUCCUGCCAUAAUUAUGAUAGUGUAAACUUGAAUCUGAAAUUAUUGUACUUUUAACACAAUAUGCUUAGUAUUGUAUUAUUGUAUUUUUAAACUAAAUAGCUAUAAAAGACUUUUGCUUUGCAUUUUUUUGGUGCUUUUGUUUUUGUGAUUAUCUAUUAAUUUUAGGAAUAUUUGAUAAACCCUCUGAUAUUAUCCUAAUUAAAUUAUAUGUAAGAGAUGAGUCUGCUGUAAUAAGUAUUGUUAUGUUGUAACAUUAGGAUUUUAAUUAAUGACAUUUGAUAUGUAUAUCUGAAUGCGACAUUAAAUUGAAUAUAGACCUUUUAAUUUA